AUGGUUGAAUACUUCAGAGCCUUCUCUGGAGUGUUCUCUAAUGCUUUCCUAGACAAUCCCUCCCCUAUUCAAACUUAUUCAUCAAAGUUGGGGCUGCAAGAGCCUAACACAGAAAACGAGAGGAAUCACAGAAAGGUGAAGGACGUCAAUUUUCAAGUCUCACUAAACGAAACAGUUUAUUCUCAGACAUUGCCGGCAUUUCCAAAUUCUAAGACAGCUUUCCUAAAUCUUCACUCACGAAGAAAUAGAGAUAACGGAAAGCAAAAUGGUAUGAAAAGAAAUGGAAGCCAUAAACAAACAGAAGAAUUCUAUGAGAAAACAUCUUCAUAUAAUUCAUGGAUUUACUUACUGCAUGACGACAGCACUUCUCAGAAAUUGGACCUAGACACGACGACUGACAUACAAGGUAAAUUUACUGAGACUACUUCAAAGCCAGACAAAGUAGAGGUAACUACCCACAAUGUGAACACAGAUAAAACCACUACUGUACGAUCCCACACUACCAAGACAAUCACUUUAAAGCCAAACACUACAGAAGUAGCAGUUCACCAAGCAAAUAUAGAGAAGACGACCAUUGCACCACCAGGCACUACCAAAAUCAUUCCUUCAGGAUCACAAACUUCAAAAGUAACCAUCCAACAAAUGAAAAACCAAGCUGAGACGACCACUCAUCCAAUAGAUAUCACCACAAGACAAGAAUUUGUGCCACUUGCUACAUCUACGAGCGUCCCUGAGUAUUUUCAAGGUAAUGUAAACAGAUCUGAGAUACGAUCUGUACUUCAAGCGUCUAACUCUACAUCUUCACCAUCCUCCAUCCCAACUACUACCGCAGUGACACUUCAGGAAGCUCCUAGUAGUUUUAUUUUGACAGAAAGUAGCACUUUCGAUUCAUCCACUUCCACAUCAGCAUCAUCACCUAUGUCUCUUACUCACUAUCACACAAAAGAGCCUGCACCAGAUGAGUUAGCGCCAUACGAAUUCAACAUAUCUUCACUUUUGGAAAACUUACAAACAAAGGAAAAUUCCACCAAUUCUUCAACAAUAGAAUCUUUAGGAAGAUCCUUCUUUUGGCCUCCCAUGCUCCUAAGCCUGCAGUCUCAGCUGCAGCAUCCCUUCAGUCUCAAGCGUUAUUUGAAAAAUAUCAUAAGUGACACAUCGGUGACAAGCAAUACACUGCUGCCCAUCAAUUCAGUGACUAAGCCGAUCACUAAUUCCUUCUCUGCACCAAACACUAGUGCAGACAUCUCAAACUCCGCAACAGGAAGCACAGGAAACUUUGAAACUUCUGUGACACAUAUUCCUUACAUUUUUCAUUAUCCAUACCCUGCAGUUGGCUCUCAAGGUUCAAGACAAAUCUAUAAGAAUGGUACAUUCUCUGAACCGAACUUCAAGCAUAGAUUUCCCCAGAAGUCUCACCAGAACAAUUAUGUAGCAGAUCAGUGGGGAUUCAGUCACGCUAUAGAGAGCCAUCACCACCCACACAGUCCAGAAUCAGAUGCUGGAUCUGCACAUGGAGGAUACUCUAUGAAUUCACUUAGCAAAAUCCUUCAAAGCAUCAACUAUCAAAGUAGUGGGCACUUAUUCCCUUAUGCAGCGCACCUCGCUCCUGGUUAUACGACGUCACAUGAUCUGCAUCCAACAAAAAGUGUGGCCAUCCCUUCAGUAGUCACCACCCGCCUCAUAUUGUCAACACGUCUCCCAAACGACGAUGGAGAUGAACCGUUUUUUACCUUGAUUUCACACUCAAACAAGCAAAAGUCCCAAUCAUCUGAGAUGCUUGGUUUAUCACAGCUAAGAUCGCCUCCCAACCUAGUUUCAUCAGGUCCUACUCGACCUAAACUGGCUUCUUUUUUACAUGAAGAUGGAAUAAAGAAGUACUACAGUGAUUCACUAAGUGAAUCAAACUUAGUGACAGAAACAAUAAAUUCUGAAAUAAAGAAAUUUCAGUCAAUACUGAUAAGCGCAGCGCACAACGUCCUUCCCCAAAACUUUACUCGUAUAGAAGUCCUCAGCUAUUUAGUUAACUUGAUGAAGCUAGCAGUCUCUGGUACGAAUAAUACACGUCGAAAACAAGGACCAACCAGUCUUGAUGUCCUACCAGCAAUUCCCUUAGUAACUGGGCCAACCAGUAGUGAGGCCCUAGACCUAUCAGCAAUGCCCUUAGUAACUGAGCCAGCCAGUAUUGAGGUCUUAGACCUACCACCAAUUCCUUCAGUAACUGGGCCAGCCAAUAUUGAAACCCUAGACCUAUCAGCAAUUUCCUCAGUAACUGAACCAACCAGAAGUGCGGUCCUAGACAUACCACCAGUUCCCUUAGUAACUGAACAGGUGUCUCUUCCGUUGACAGCCCUGCCGAGUUUGAGUACUUCAUUGGAUGCAUCUCCGGACACAGUUGUUACCCUCAUACACACUGUUACAAUGACCCCUGACACCUAUAACUCCAUCACCACCAUCAUACCCAAGCUAUCGACAACUAAAGUCACUGCAGUCACAGAAAAGACUUUUUCAACUGACUUCUCGUCCAUCACCAGAGUACUAACAGAGACUCGGUCCUCCGUUGCAUACCUUCAUGACCAUCUGAAACAGCCACAAACGGUGUCUCUGCGAGAAAAUUUGUCGACUCAGAAAAAAGAGGGAUCCUUUCAUCGCUUCAGUGAAGUUACAACAGUCACAAUCGUCAAGCCUCUCUGGCAAGAACUCACUGAAUCCAUUUCAGAAUAUACUACAAAUAAUGCAAGACCUCAAAUAACUGCCAUCAGUCACUUGACACCAACACCAUCCUUCCACAUACCAGAGGCUAACCGGUCAAAUAAUGAUGAAGCAAAUGAGUCACUGCAUUAUUUUUCGAUAGUAUCAGAUCCAUCUAAAAGUCGUACAUGGAUCUAUAGUUCUAAAACCUCAGAUGGCGCUUCAUGGAAUAGAACUGAAAGUUUCCAAGCAUCUGUGAAUAUGAUACUUGGUAAUAAAGAUAUGGUGUCAAUAAUGCCAAGUUACAUAGACAGAAAUGUUCUGCCUGAAAUGGCAGAAACAGAUUAUCGUGUGGUGAAUGUGCUGGUGAAGAUAGAAGCCACAUCACCCUCUCCCACGCCACAAAUUACGAUCAGCGACCGUCCAUCAUCACCACUACAGCGUUUUCAAUUACCCUCUAAUCAUGUUCAUAUGUCAUCCUCCAAGAUCACCAACAAGGGUGGCUUAAAUUCAAGGUUGUUUAAUGGAAGCACCUCUAUUCUCAGUCUUCAUCAUGCAGCAUCACCAAUGCAGAGUUUUCACUUCAUCAGUCAUACAUCUUAUGAUGAAUUACAGACUCCAGGCGUAGGCAAAUGGAAUAUUCUUAUUCCUUUUACUUUGUCUCAUAAACCACAGUUUAUUCAGCAUUCCAAGAUACCUGCGAGUGAGAACACUUUCAUUAAGGCUAGUCAUAUGAUGCACCACACCAACACCGUCUCUGAAGAAUCUCCUGUACAGACUUCCGACGCAUACCCACUUACAAAGAGGCUAACAGCAAGUACUGGAUCACAGUUGUUCCCCAUCUGGAACCCAGGAACCUUUCAAAAUCAUCAUAAAACGACAACCAAGGCAAUCAAAGUGAAUUCCUCCAUUUGGCUUAGUUCCACUCCAUCCACAACUGUCUCUCCAGUAGUUCUGAUACAUUUGAAAAAACAUAGCGUAACUGAGGAGAACCAAGAAGACGAGAAGCUGGUAGACGCUGCUCAGCCAUCGCCAGAAUCUUCAUAUCAUAAAACAUAUAACACUCAGGAACAACCAAAACAAACACAGCAAGAACUAAACCACGCUCAACAAAACUUUGACAAUAAUGAAAAAGAAAAAUACCUUUGGCUAACAGAAAAACAUACAGAUCAGACCAACCACAGCUCCAAUCACAUCAUGCACAUUACAAACCAGAGCAAACACAGUAUGUACCACACCAAACACAGUAUUGGCCAGACCAUAUACAUCCUCAACAAGACCAAACAAACCAUCGACCAUAUCAAACACAAAACUGGUCCUACCAAAAACAGCAUCCGCAAAACCAAACGCAAUACCAGCCACACGAAACACACAACAUGCCAGGCCAAACACAGCCCCAUCCACAGCAAAUGCAACGCAGACCAGGCCAGACACAGGACCAAAUAUGGAAAACUCAGCAUCGACCCUACCAGACACAUCAAAGGCCACAUCAAACACAGCACCAACCCCAUCAAGCACAACAUGAACCAGAACGGACACAUAACCAGCCAGACCAAACACUAUAUCGGCGGAACCAAACACAGCAAGAACCAAAGCAAACACAGGACCAACCGCACUUACGACCGCAGUGGCUAG